CAGAGUGUGUGUGUGUGUCUUUGAUGACUGCCUCGUACGUCGUCACCAUCUGUAUUCUUGCCACGCAGUGGUCGCUUCCACAAGUCGAAGCGGAAGCAACGCCAUUAACCAACGAUAACUACGAUUCCUUCUCAUCAACUAACAGUUUUGUGUUUAUCAAUUUCUACGCUGACUGGUGCCGAUUCAGUCAGAUGUUGAUGCCCGUUUGGAACCAGUUGGCGGACAAGAUAAAAACCGAUUAUCCCGAGAGAGUUGUUAUUGGUAAAGUAAACUGUGAAACGGAAGGCCCACUCGCUCAGAAAUUUGGUGUGACAAAAUAUCCGACAAUGAAACUUGUCAGACAUAGCAGAAUCGCUCGUAAAGAAUACAGAGGACAGAGAUCACUUGAUGCUUUAGUGUCAUUCGUUCAGCAGCAAAUGGCUGAUCCUGUUCAAAGAUUUGAGUCAAUAAGUGAUCUAAAAUCAAAAGCGACUAAGCGAUCUGUGAUUGGCUACUUUGGUGAAGAGGUAUCGAACGAAUAUCUUAUGUUCAAGACGUUGGCCGAUGAACUGAGAGAUCAUUGUCAGUUCUUUGCAGGAUUUGGUGAUGUGGUAGCUGAUGAGAGGCAGGAUGGUCUGGAUGCUGUUAUUUAUCGAGACGCGUUGUCUGAUGAUCUGAUGUACACCUCAUCUAUCACUGACCUUGUAUCUCUACGACAAUGGGCAUUAAGUGCAUGCAUUCCUCUGGUCAGAGAAAUUACGUUUGAGAAUGCAGAGGAACUGACGGAGGAAGGGUUGCCAUUUCUCUUACUCUUUCAUUCUCCUGAUGACAAACAGAGUCCACGCAUAUUUAGAGAGAAAGUUGAACAGGAAGUUAAACAUGAGAAAGAUCAGGUAAACUUUUUGGUAGCCGAUGGCCACAAGUUUGCUCAUCCUUUGAGUCAUUUGGGAAAGACAACUAGAGAUCUACCUGUAUUGGCCAUUGAUAGUUUCAGACAUAUGUACUUGUUUCCCAACUUUGAUGAUAUUCAUCAACCAAGACGACUUCAACAGUUUAUUGAUGAUUUGAAGUCUGGCAAGCUACAUCGAGAAUUCCAUCAUGGUCCAGAUCCUGUACAGGCAACAGAACCGCCUUCUCAAAAAGAAGAAGAGGCGAAAAAUUCUGAAGAGCAAGAAAAACCAGUUAGUGGAGAAGCCCGAAAACCUCAACCUCGUAAACGGGAGGCAGAAGAAGCUCCUCCACCACAUUAUGACCAUGAGAGUCCACCUGAGAGCCAAUUUAAAAAGAUUAGACCGAGUGGGAAUCGUUACACGUUGCUACGUGACGAACUUUAGUGCCAACGUCGUUUCUAUAUCGCUUUUAAUAAGUGCUGGUACUGUUGGAAACCGCAGUGGACUUAAUUAAACAAUUUCAUCUGGAAACGUUU